AUGUCCUCGCUGCCCCGCGGCUUCGAGCCCCAAACUCCCGAGGACUUGGGGCAGCGGAGUUUGGCGGAGCUACGGGAAAUGUUGAAGCGCCAGGAGAGACUUUUGCGCAACGUAAAAUUCAUUUGCAAAUUGCCCGACAAAGGUAAAAAGAUCUCAGAUGCUGUCGCCAAACUGAAAGCUGCUAUUGCAGAACGUGAAGAAGUUAGAGGAAGAAGUGAACUCUUUUAUCCUGUUAGCUUACACUGUAAGGAGAGGCAAAAAGCGAUUGAAGUUGUUGAUGGGGACAGAGAUAAGGCCCAGAAUUCUGACCAGAUACUUGAUACUUCAUCACCCCUUCCUAGCUGUUCCUCUGUAGCUAACAUCACAUCAUCUCAGACAAACUCACGACAACAGGGAUUGGCACAUCUGACUCGCGGAGGUGAUGUUGAGGCAACUGAGGCUGAACACACAGUGAGUGAGCACCCAACUUCUAGCAGCGGAACCCCAGCGCCUUCCUUAUCUGAAGCUAGUGAGGGUCUCCCUCAGUAUUGUGCCUUAGGUCAAGUGGAGGAUCAUCCUGGCAGCUCAGACAACCUGUUCAUUGAUAGAUUACGAAGGAUCACAAUUGCGGACCCCACUGAACACCACUCAGAAGGAAACCAGAGUCCUGAGAACUUGGCCAGCCUCUGGAGUGGGCCGCAGAAGAAGCCUCAUUACAUGGAAGUGCUGGAAAUGCGAGCCAAAAAUCCCAUGCCCACGCCACAUAAAUUUAAAACCAAUGUAUUACCUUCACAGCCGCAUGAUUCAUGGAGUGCUUGUCAGAGGAGAGGGUCUCCCGUCUCCUCAGAGGAGAGGCGGCGCAGGGACAAGCAGCAUCUCGAUGACAUCACGGCAGCCCGGCUUCUGCCGCUGCACCACCUGCCGACACAGCUGCUCUCCAUAGAGGAGUCGCUGGCUCUGCAGAGACAGCAGAAGCAGAGUUACGAGGAGAUACAAGCCAAGCUCGCAGCACAGAAGCUAGCUGAAAGACUAAAUAUUAAAAUGCAGAGCUAUAAUCCAGAAGGGGAGUCUUCAAGGAAAUACCGAGAAGUAAGGGAUGAAGAUGAUGAUCAGUCCUCCGAGGAUGAAUUCUGA